AUGAGCCAGAGCCCUUUGCCCCAUUGUGAUGACUGGGAGCGGCCUCGGGAGGAGUUCAGUCUUUGCAGGAAGCUGGGCUCUGGCUACUUUGGUGAGGUCUUUGAAGGGCUGUGGAAAGAGCAGGUCCGAGUAGCCAUCAAGGUGAUUGCCCGAGAUGACUUGCUACACCAGCACACGUUCCAGGGAGAGAACCAGGCCAUGAAGAGGCUGCGGCACAAACAUAUCCUGGCGCUGUAUGCCAUGGCAUCUGUGGGGGAUCCCGUCGUGUACAUCGUCACAGAGCUGAUGCCCAAAGGGAGCCUGCUGGAGCUGCUGCGUGACUCUGAUGAGAAAGCACUUCCUGUCUCAGAGUUGGUGGACAUUGCAUCACAGGUGGCUGAGGGCAUGUGCUACCUGGAGUCCCAGGACUACAUUCACAGGGACCUGGCCGCCAGGAACAUCCUUGUAGGGGACAACAACAUCUGCAAAGUGGGGGACUUUGGGCUGGCCAGGCUCAUCAAGGAGGACAUCUACCUGUCCUAUGACCACAACAUCCCCUACAAGUGGACGGCCCCCGAAGCACUGUCCAGAGGGCACUACUCCACCAAGUCGGACGUCUGGUCCUUUGGGGUUCUCCUCCAUGAGGUUUUCCGCAGGGGUCAGAUGCCUUACCCAGGAAUGUCCAACCAUGAGACCUUCCUGAGGGUGGACUCCGGCUACCGCAUGGCUCGCCCCCUGGAGUGUCCACCGACUGUGUACAAGCUGAUGCUGGCCUGCUGGCAGCGAGACCCCAUGCAGAGGCCCAGCUUCUAUGCACUCUGGGAGAAGCUCUUCAGCUUUACCAAGUACGAGAACCCACUCUGA